GUCAUCUCCAUCGCGAUCCUCUAGCGUAGUUGGACUCCAUUCCCUAGGAGAGACUACGGAUCGGAUUUUCACAUCAACGGAAGGAGCUUUAAUUCCCGGAGAUGGGACUGGGACGACGACGAACGUACAAAUUGCAACUAAUAAUUUGUUGAUUGGCGAACACGAACUACAGCAGCAGAAUUCACCGCCAAGCGUACGGUCUUUUGACUCAAGAUCAGGCUUUUCUGAUGACAGUGAUACAGACGGUAGCGCCAGUGAUAGCUUUAACUUUGGACAGAUAAUGAAGCCCCAGCCAAGAACAACCACAGGAGGUACAGGAGUCGCCACUCAGAGGAAUACAGCCACCAUUCUUAAGGCUACCGCAGACUAGGCUUCCUUUUCAAGUCUCAUUCUACCUUGGCUUCCUUUUCAACUAGUACGCGGAACGAAAGAGAGAGACCAAGGAUGCUAAUGCGGUUGUAGCUCUAACAUUCUCGCAGCGGCAAGCUCUACAGCGAGGAAUAUCAUCGCUAGUGAUGGUAUCGUAAUUAGUGCAGCGAGCCGAAAAAUCGGAGAAAAUCUGAAUGCUCAAUUUAAGGCAUAACAAGCACACAAAUUAUCCAUCUUUCUGCUUCCAGAGCAACGUCUUGGUCCUCCCGUUUUCAAUCAAAGGAAGUCCCUUGAAAGGGGACGACCAAGUAAGAUGCAUCUGAAAUGCUCCUGCUUUCUGAUUAGCUGAAAUGCUCCUGAUUUCUGUUCGGUCUAACAGUCCUGCGGUGGUGAGUCCAGCAUCCUCUGGCGGUCGUACCGAGACCAUGGAUAUAGAACCUCCUCCAUCUGGAAGUUGUAUGAAGAGUGGUCUCAAGCGCGGAGCAGCUUCUCAACAAAGCAUUUUCAGUGGAACAAUCUCUGAUCCAAGGAAUAUUGCUGAGGUUGGAACGGACCAAGUAGUCUUUGCACCUGGAGACGUACUAGCAUCUAUUAAGGGUUAACCAAUUACAUCCCCCACAACCAUUCCUCACUCUUUUUCCAGUAGGAAAGAGGUGAGGGAUGUUCUGAAGAAUGUAAUUCUGCAACCUCUAAAUCUAACACCAAUUCCAAAGUAGAAGUGGGUCCUCGAGAGGACAGAAGAAAAAGGCCACGGGUACUUCCGGUCAGAGACUUGUUAAGGGUUUGUUCCACCUUUCCACUACCUCCGUUCUUGACCUUUUAUUCCAUUCUGGGAAGGAAAAUUAAUAAGUCAACAGGCUCAGGACGAGGGAUGUUGUUAAUUGUUCUGAAAAGAAUGCAAUCAAAAUCAUGGGGGAACAUGACCGAUGUUGUUAAUUCUAAAAAGAAUGCAAUCAAAAUCAUGGGUGAAUAUCUAAAGACAUCUUCUUCUAAAGUUGAAUCGGAUGAGCGAUAUGCAACGACGGCGCGUUCAAUUUCGACCCUCAUUGCCUGCGUAUCUAGCACGCGGGGACUAUCAAAUACUAGAACUGGACAGAGCAGGAGUAUGUUCUGAAGCGAAAUUUCUUCAAAAACUAUUUCCGUUGACGCACACUACUCUGAAACCAGUCCGAUUGGAGCCUCUACAAGAGCACCAGCCAGUUGUGCGAGCGAAGUCCGGCGAAGCUGCCUCGUUGGGUGGAAGUACUUCUAUGGACCCUUGUUCCACCAUAACGACUGUUACGGCUACCGCUGAAGCAUAUCCUCAGGGCCAUCCUUUGGGCUUCUUUUCCAGCAGGGGAGGGUUUAGGGCUCAGGGAUCCGCUCAAGGAUGCGACGCGGUAGCUCUAAGACUGGGGGAGGACAACUUUUUUCAGUGCCCUCUGGUAGUAACGUCGUCAAUUUGAAUGCACCAGCACCAAUGGCCUCAUCUAGCACGUCGCAUCAAUACGGAUGUUUCCUCGGAGGUUCAACUACCGGAGGCAAUGCUGGACAAUUUUGCAACAGUAGAUUCUCUCUGUCUCCACCAAGUGGUCAUGGACAAGCAGGUGUACAACUACAACAAGGAGGACAUCAUCCGAACAUGUUGGGUUCCUUAGGAGCGGCUACAGCUUCAUCCUCCUCGUCGCAAUUCGUGCUGCCACCAUCCAACACUCUGCCUCUGCGAAGUGCAACGUCAGAGGGGUCUCGUCAACCGAGUCCACGAGGUGGAGCUUCUAUGGCUCGGGGAUGCUCAAAGCCUCUGAAUCUAGGAGUGGUUUGCUUAGGCCGUGAAGCUCCUGGCAUGCACAACGUAAUUUGGGGAGCCUUCGAGUUCUUGAAAGACUAUAAUGCUUCGAGGAACUAUAGGGAACCGCAACCUGUCUAUGCUGCUUCGACAUCGACAGGUCCUCUUCCAACUCCAGAAGGUGGCGUUUAUUUUGACAAAACAGACGGAUUAGAAGGUCAAGUAGACACGACUUGCACUACAUCAACCAGUCGUGGAGGAAAAUUAUACGGUUUUGUCGGAGGUGGUCGCGGUCUACUGGAAAAUCGCUAUAUCGAGAUCGACGAAGCACGCUUGACAGCCUAUGUAAACCAAGGUGGCAUGGAUUUGUUGCAACGCACAGACCACAUCUGCGUCACGAGAACAGAGGAACAACUGGUGAAAAUCUUAAGGCUUCCCCUAGAAGGAAGAACCUCUGGAGGCCUUCUUGUGUCUCAGCUACCUUCAUUAUCUUGACAGAAGUGAAGUCCCCUAGUGACCUAGUUGUAUCAGAUUGAUAUUAAAGACUUAUUUGUCGAUAGAAGAUAGCCUUUUCUUUUUCUAUAUUCAGAAGCAUCCGUGUGGGUCGUACCUUUCAAAGGAGGUAAAAAUACCACUCAAAGAAAGAGGGAGAGCCUUGUUCCAUAAGGGAAAACAAGACACAUGAUCCCAGGAUGGAUUCAUUGGGCAAGUCCGUGAGCUCUAAAAAUCGUAGAAACCUUGACGAGCUUAGACAUUGGCGGGCUCUUGAUCAUCGGCAGCGCACACAGCCACGCAAGCACAGCGUUACUGAGUGAAUACUUUUUGGAGAAUCACCUGCCAAUAUCCGUUGUCGGCAUCCCUGCGUCGACAGAGAACGAUUUGCCAAUCAUCGAACAGUGUUUGGGCUACGACACUGCAGUGAAAGUUUUUUCGUCGAUUAUCUUAAGGCCAUAACAUAUCACAAUGGGACAAGUAUCCAUUAUACUAUUUAGAACACGACAGCUUCCACUGAAAGACUAUUAACUUGGCUCUAUUGUUAUAUUUUUUUGUCCAAAGAAACUGAAGGAUCUUGGUCUUCUUCGGUUCAAAACACCAUGCAUUAUACUAAAUAGAACACGAAGAUCAUGCAUCGCUGUGGUAGCAAGCUCUAAUCGCCGGCAACUUAGGCACACACGCAGCCUCGACACGUAAACAUUGGUACUUCUUGAGGGUCGCUGGGAGGUCGCCGUCUAAGAUCCUAGCUGCGUGUUGCCGUCAAACGCAUCCUAGUAUCAUCGUUUCCGCAGAUGAAGUAGAGCAGAAGCACUUGUCCUUGGCAGACGUCACGAAUUCAAUCUGCGAUGUUAUAGAACAGAGAGCGGAUAGGAAUUGGAACUUUACGGGGCGUAGAUUCUUGAGAAUAUGUUAUUCCUUUCAACACAGGCGCUUCUGAUAAAUGUAUUAUCCUUCCCUUCCUAUCUCCUGCAUGCAAUCACUAAGGAUAUUGUGAGCACGGGUCAGACAUGACUAUACUGCUAGAUAACAGGUCUUAGAUUUCCAUCUUCCCCUUCCACUAUCCCUUUUCCGACACAGCUUCAUACCCAACGGCGUCGUCCUGAUCCCUGAUGGCUUACUUCCGCGUAUUCCCGAGAUGCGACAGGUCUUGCAGGAGGUCAACGAGGUUUAUAAAACCGUAAAGCGCAGUAAAAUUCCUAAAGUCAGCGACCUGCUUUGCUACCUCAGUCCCCUGUCGCAAGGCGUCUUCAGCAACUUGCCUGAGACCAUACAGCAGCAAAUACAUUUUUCUGGUGUCAAACAUGUUGACGUGACAUCAAUCGAGGCCGAAGGCUUAUUGCGAGGUCUCGUUGAGUCGGAGCUCAGUCGCAGGAAAGGCCUUGGUCAAUUUCGGGGUGGGGGGUUUCAGUGUCAUACGCAUUCCCUAUGUUUUCAAGCUCGCUCAGCUCUACCGACAAAUUUUGACUGUGAUCUUGGUUACACCAUGGGCUAUGGCGCCAGCAUUUUUCUGUCCCAAAGCUACACUGGGUUACUGUUAAACGUCGAGAACACCAGCGGACCCGUUGAUUCUUUUAUGACAAAAUGAGAAUAGCGAUAACCCCAGCGUUACUACCAUAAAAGAAAAAGUGUAAGUUUCUUUGACUCCAAGUAGACCUACUUCUACGUCGAGAUUAUCAUUGAUUGAGUGAGCUAGCUGUGGUCUCCUCGUCUGGACAACGUGCUGAACAAGUUCAAGAUCAGGGGUUUGUGGCAACUACUUUCAAUACAUACAUUAUCAACCACCUACAACUACCUCUAAUCCUUGGGGCGUCUCAGGCGUAUUAUUGUCCUCUAUUGUGACGAUUCGGGAAACCAACAUCGGUGUGCGUCGAGUGGAGAACGCAGAACGCUCUUACGCAGUUUCCAUCGAUGGUACUGGUUCUAGUCGUGAUGGUGCAGCAGCAGACUUGGUCGCGGACUCUCAAUUUUAAGGGUUUCCACCUUGCAUCGUGCACUGUACUAUUCGUAAAGUUUAUUUUCUAAUAGGAAAGACUAUUUCUCUUCGAAGUUACUUGAUGAGAUCUACAAUAAAACUAAUGGUUGUUCCUUUUUAAUAGUUAAUGUUUAAAUCAGUUUGAUAAUUCCUUUUUGAUAAGUUAAUAACUAUCAAAAAGAUGGCGUCUUCCAAGAUGAUGUGAAGAAUGCAAAUUGAAGUCUAGGCAAUAUGGGAACCUUUAACAAAUGCCACCCCCCGUCGAGCGGGAACCUGUGAACCCUGGCCCAGUGCAGUUUAGUGGGCCUCUGGCAGAACCUUACUACGAUAGGGAAAAUGCGCAACACGCGGAGAACUUGGCUGCCGUAUCGAAGCUGUGCAAAGAGGUGAAACUACUGUUAUGGUCAGCAUGCAUCUCGAUCUUUCUCAGCAUCUUGAUGGUAGCUCCCUUUUAGAAAGGAAAAGGAAAAGGAGGGUAGCAUAAAAUAGAAAGGAAAAGGCACCAAGGUGGGGGGACCCAGAUGGUGGAUGCAAGCACACGCUAAUACUAGCUUCAGCGAACUGCCGAGUGGAGGUACUAGAUGGCGUUUGUGGCUUGUUGAAAAGUUCAUUGGAUCUGAUUAAAGCCACAAGUGCGUCAAACACAUUAUUCACAGCGGCUGCGAGAGGAGCGUCGUUGAGACGAGCUAGAUAAGUUUGAUAGAAAGACUCUUGUUCUUUACUCUUUUUUGAAUCGACAUUAACCCACUAUAAUCAAGUUCUUCAUUCGUGUAGGUUGUCCUGUUGUAACUCAGAAAUCAACCUAAGAAAGAACAAGUUCAGAUGAUAGCGUUAGCGAUGUAUCAAACAGCAGCAGCACAGUUUCUAUGUACCUCUAGAAACUGAUAAAUCCAUAUUAGAAACAAGUUGAAAGUUAAGAUACAUCCGAUAGAACAGACUUCCUUGGCGUCAGCAGC